CUUUUCAGUCAUGCCUGAACCGGCCAAGUCCGUCCCAGCACUCAUGAACAGUUCCACGAAGGCUUUGUCCAACCUGCAAAAGAAAGAAGACAAGAAACUCAAAUGCAGCAGCAAAGAGAGCUACUCCAUCUAUGUGUACAAAGUGCUGAGGCAGGUGCACCCCGACACAGGCAUCUCGUCCAAGCUCACAGGCAUCAUGAACUCCUUUGUCAACGACAUUUUGGAGCGCAUCGUGGGCGAGGCGUCAUGCCUGGCGCCCUACAACAAGCAUUCUACUAUCACUUCGCGGGAUAUCCAGAUGGCGGUGCGCUUGCUGCUGCCCAGAGAACUGACCAAGCACCCUGUGUCUCCAAGUAUACCAGCUCCAAGUACAGCUUGCCCCACUCCCGCAGCCCCCGCACCAAGGCUCUCGCCGGCCCUUUUGCUUUUUGAACGCUGUUGCAGAGCCAGCCGCUCAAAUCAGGAGAGAACUUUGUUCACUUGCAUUGGUUUCUACUUGCUAUGACAAAGUUAAGAACCUCAGAGCAGGCCCAUGAAGUGAGCUUUCUAAUUCACCCAUUCUGUCAUACACUGAAGACCAGUGGAGACUUCCAGCCUUGUGGAUUGAACUACGGGAUUCUUGGACCUUCCAUUGGUAUACAGUCAUUGUUGGACCAGCUGAACCCCAGCCUAUGGCUCUGCAAGAUAGGCUACGGAGCUAAUAGUGGAGUCAGCAGAAGCUCCGUGCUCCGCCC